AUGGGAGCGAGGGCCACACGGGUAACCCUGUACGGUAUUAUCAUUGGAUUGGCUAUCUGCGUGAAUGCCAUUGCGGUCGUGAUUAUAGACGACCUAGAAGAAGCUAUUGAUGCAUUCACAAAUUUUGGCAUUCCCUUGCCCGGUUUUGGUUCUGGAGUGCGCUUCGGAAUUGUUGCAUGUGUAGUAGGAUUUCUGACAUGGGUAUGGACAAGUGUUCUCAUGGCCUGGAACGACAAACCAUAUUCCGAAGGUGGCUUGGCACUCUCUUUGACCCACUUUAUUUCAUUCAUAGUGAUGUCCCUUAUUUGGUUUGCCAUUGCGAUCAUGCACUUUGUUGAAACAGCGGUUCCAUGUCAAGGAUCGACGUUUGAGUUUGAUGGCGAUUACGUUGUAUACAGUUCCCCUUCGUGGUGUGGUGAGACGUCAGUCGUUGGUGCUCUUUCGUUAGUUAUAUCUAUUCUUUCCGGUGCAACUGCUCUUUUCAUCCUUGUCUCUUCCCGCAAAGUCGGAGGACUUCAAACUAAGUUGGUCGCUCGCGAUGGUGAAAUCAAUCUCCGUGAGAUGAAACACGCCACUAGAGUCCGUAUCGCACUUUACUGUCUUAUUUUGGUUUUUGGUCUGGCAAUUAAUGCCAUGACUCCCUUCGCCACUAUCGUUACGAUCGUUGCCACGGUGGAAGACAUCAAGGUUUCGAAUGGUGCUGAUAGUAAGUAA